AUGAUCUCGUCAAGUGGUAAACGGAACCAAAGAAAUGACCCAAUCCGAUUCAACGAUGUAGCUGCCGGAAAGCCAACCUACUCAAGAGAAACGAAUCAUUGCAAACUAUUCUAUGAGACAACCGAAGUGAAAUUAAAAAGUAGUAUAAGAAAUAUCAAUCAUAGAAAUAAAACAUCUGUGUUUGAUGAAACUGAAGAUGAAAGGAGAGACCAGAAUAAGAACAACGGACAUUACACGGCCCACAAAUUUACGAAGAAAAAAAUAUCUGAAAACACUUCAGGAGAAAUAAAAAAGAUAUUACAGCACGAGCCUUUUCAAGUGCUCAGCAAAAAAAGUGGAAGAAGAAUUUAUUCUGAUUUUAAAAGUGGGGGCAUUUUUUCUAACGAAAGCAGAGACACAGGACAAAAGAGGAGCUCUAAAAAGACUAGUAGUUACAGCUUGAAUAACAACCCAUACAAAUGGGGUAUAGACGUUCUUAGAUAUACAUUACCACCACCGAAAAGGAAUUAUAGACAUAUUAAUAAUUUAUCAACCUGCCUUGUACCAAAUAUAAGUGCCGAUUCGUUCAUUCCUCAAAAAAACAAAAGUCAUUACAUGAGCCAGUUGGAGAAAUCCCUGUGUCCAAAGGAAAAUGCACCCAUUCCAAAUUCCAGCAGAAAGAUGAUUCAUUAUAACGAGACCAAGCUCGACAUAAACUGCGUUCCAAAGGAAACCGAAGAGAGAAAAAUAAAAUUCAAAUCCUCAUAUCACAGGGACAACUUAAAUAAUGAUCUCAUACCCAUUGAACAUAGUGAUAGAAAACCCUUUCACAUAAAUACCAUUUGCAAGAAUAAGCAUUGUUCCAUCGCCUUUAACUAUGUAAGAGAACCCUCACCAAUCAGAUCAGGAAAGAGAAUCGGAUACGUAACAACAAAGAGAGAAGAUUCCAUAUUUUUUUUCUGA